AUGUUGGCAACGACGGAGGCAGGUCUGGCGGUGGCCGACGAUGAAAACCGGUGGCUCUCUACAGGCACGUUGACUAUGGCUGAACCAGCUGACAGUCACGGUAUCUUCAACGCGGGGACAAGCCUUGACGCACUUGAUGGACACAUAGAGCAUCAGUCAACAGCGGAACUGAGACCAAUCAGCAGUUCAGCCACUCCCGAUGUGCCAUGCCCCAAGCCGGAACGAAGGCUUGUGCGCAUAUCAUCUCUCACAAAAGGUCUUGGUGCUUUCCUGACGCUUUCCUUGUGUGUGUGGUUUUUGAGUGCUGGUAAGAAGCCACGACCAGUAUCAAGCGAAGGAGCAUCUGAGCCUUCCGAUGAUAUAACAGGGAAAGGAUUCUCUACGCAAAGCGGCAGCCUCGCAAUCACGCCGCUUGUUGGCAGUCAGUCGGAAGAGCUGAGGAGGCUGCAGCGAGUGCAAAUGCUCCUUCCGUCGGCAUCUCGGCUCGCUGCUGCAAUAGGCACACCUGAGGCUCAGAAACUUCUGGGCAGUGCGCAGAAAGCCUCCACUGAGGCACGGCUUGCAGCAAAAUCUGUUUUAGACGGUAAGCGCCUGACGGUGUCUCUUAACAGUGCUGUGGACGCCUUGCGCAGCCUCCACCAAGUUGCCCUCCAGCAGGCAAAGGCACUCGUGCAGGAUGGGGCAGAUAUCCCUGUUUUUUCUCUAAUAGAAUCGGAAGAAGUUGAAGACUCAGUGAAGAACGAAGUGGAUCAUGUCAUCGAAGGGCAGAGUGUACUCCCCUACAUGGUAUACUUGCGUACCGUGCAAGAGAGUGUGAUUGACAUAUCUCGACGGUUUGAAGACGCUCGGAAACGUCUCUUGGCAGAGACCGAAUUUUCGGAUGAAAGGGACGAGCAGAUGCUGGUUUCUGCCGCUACGGAGCUCGAAUGGCUGCUUUCACUAAGUGAAAGAAAGAGACAGGCCGUUCGGAGAGCAACAACUUUGAAGGGCUGCGCAAUUUCUGGUGUACGGGUACACCUGAAGUGCCUUGUUGAAGAGUGGACUCGAACUAUUCAAGGGAAUGCGGAACUAUUGCACGCUUAUGUUGAUUUGGUCUCCAGCGGUAUAGAAGCAUCCUUCGAGGAUUACAGCCCGGCGGACCUUGCUGUGGAGGAUACUAGCACCGUUUGCACUCUAAGAAGAAAACUCGCCAAGGUCAAGGAGCUGCUGAGUGAAAUGCGCAGAGCGAAGGAGGCUGUGCAUACGAGCCAGUCAGUGGGGAGCUCUGUAGCUGCUUUUAAAAGGGCCGAGCAAUUACAGGGAGAGGCAAAGGACCUGCUGGAUGAUUGUUGGGAAACAACGAAGCUUUUGCCUCCACCGAAAAGCGAGCUGAGCCCCAGCGAUGUCGCCGUGUUGGGGCGAACAGCCAAAAAACUCCAGAUCGUUACAGAAGAACACAAUGCUGCAGUAGGUGAUAGUUUAUCUGUUGUUUACCGCAGAUGUUCGGAUGCCCUACAAAAAGGCAGCACGGGGGAGGAGAGUGCCAAGUAUAUUAACCCUUCAGUGGCUGAGCAGCUCCGUGCAGAAGCAUUGGCGACUGAGGGAAAGUUGGCCUUGCAUUACCAAGAGGUACAAGAAGCUGUUGCAAAGCUGCAAAAUGCAGGAGAGCUAACGGAUGCACUAAUUCUGCUUGAGGACUUGGAAGGCCAUAUACCAGUUUUUGUGGAGUGCAACAAACGUGCGGUAUUGUUGGUACUGGAGACCUACCUCCAGACCCUUCUAGAGGAGGAUAUUCGAGCUAGCGUGAAGACCGCUGCGCGUACCUUCUCGAGUAAGUUGAUCCUGACAGGGCCGAACAGAAUGCACUUUGAGAAGCUUCGAGGGCGCUUCAACAAGGCCAAAACAGCGGUUAACAAGGCAACAACUUUAACCGAGGCAGCACAAGCUGCAGCAAAAGUCAGAAUGCAUGCCGACGCACUAAGCGAUUUUGCAAGUAUUCAAUGGAGAGGUCGGCUAGAGCCGCCUUGA